AUGUACCGGCUUUUUAUUGUGUCGUUGUGUUUCGUGUUAAGUGACAGCAAGUGCGUGACUGUGAACUUCGAGCAGGGGUUCAGUGAUGACUUCACGAAUGAGAGCAGUCUGUGCGGGGGGCAGCUCAUGUGGAACCUAGGCCGCUAUACAGAUAUAGGGAUGACGCCUCCCCACGAACUGAGCACGCUGUUCAUAGCGCCCAAUACUGUAUUGAGCUGUAUCGGCUCGUUCGCGUUCAAUAUAACGGCGGGAGGGAUCAUCGAGAUGAACAUUUUCAUGGAUACGGCGAGCAAUCAGGACAUCAUAUCGAUAAUAGUGAACGAAUUCGCGGGAAACAGUGAAGCGACGGUGGCACAGCAAACGUUGGGACUCCAGACCCCGGGCUUCGUUCGUGGCUGGAAUUCCGUCGUCAUGACAAUGGGCAGCUCUGGCACUUACAGUGGAUAUGUAACAAUGUUAGGAGUAGCAGCAGCAGACUCCAUAGUUCUCGUGGACUCAUUCAGAUAUAUUCCCCCGAACUACGAGGGCGAGUGUAACAUCUACGAGUAUGAGGAUACAACAACAACAACGGAAGCGACAACAACAACAACGACACUUGAUAUUACAUCAACUACAUCGGUACCAGAAGAUACAACAACAACAGAAGUCACAACAACAACGAUACCGGAAGAUACAACAACAACAGAAGUCACUACAACAACAACUAUACCGGAAGAUACAACAGCAACAGAAGUCAUUACAACUACAACGAUAUCGGAAGAUACAACAACAACAGAAGGCACUACAACUACAACGAUAUCGGAAGAUACAACAACAACAGAAGGCACUACAACAACAACGAUACCGGGAGAUACAACAACAACAGAAGUCACUACAACAACAACGAUACCGGAAAAUACAACAACAACAGAAGUCACUACAACUACAAUGAUACCGGAAGAUACAACAACAACAGAAGGCACUACAACAACAACGAUACCGGAAGAUACAACAACAACGAAACCGGAAGAUACAACAACAACGAUACCGGAAGAUACAACAACAACAGAAGUCACUACAACUACAACGAUACCGGAAAAUACAACAACAACAGAAGUCACAACAACAACUAUACCGGAAGGUACAACAACAACGAUACCGGAAGAUACAACAACAACAGAAGUCACUACAACAACAACAACAACGAUACCGGAAGAUACAACAACAACAGAAGUCACUACAACAACAACAACUAUACCGGAAGAUACAACAACAACAGAAGUUACUACAACAACAACGAUACCGGAAGAUACAACAACAACAGAAGUCACUACAACAACAACUAUACCGGAAGAUACAACAUCAACAGAAGUUACUACAACUACAACGAUAUCGGAAGAUACAACAACAACAGAAGGCACUACAACAACAACGAUACCGGAAGAUACAACAACAACAGAAGUCACUACAACGACAACGAUAGCGGAAAAUACAACAACAACGGAAGGCACUACAACAACAACGAUACCGGAAGAUACAACAACAACAGAAGUCACUACAACGACAACGAUACCGGAAGAUACAACAACAACAACAGAAGGCACUACGACUACAACGAUACCGGAAGAUACAACAACAACAGAAGGCACUACAACAACAACGAUACCGGAAGAUACAACAACAACAGAAGGCACUACAACAACAACGAUACCGGAAAAUACAACAACAACAGAAGUCACUACAACUACAAUGAUACCGGAAGAUACAACAACAACAGAAGGCACUACAACAACAACGAUACCGGAAGAUACAACAACAACAGAAGGCACUACAACAACAACGAUACCGGAAGAUACAACAACAACAGAAGGCACUACAACAACAACGAUACCGGAAAAUACAACAACAACAGAAGUCACUACAACUACAACGAUACCGGAAGAUACAACAACAACAGAAGGCACUACAACAACAACAACGAUACUGGAAGAUACAACAACAACAGAAGUCACUACAACUACAACGAUACCGGAAGAUACAACAACAACAGAAGGCACUACAACAACAACGAUACCUGAAGAUACAACAACAACAGAAGGCACUACAACUACAACGAUACCGGAAGAUACAACAACAACAGAAGUCACUUCAACAACAACAGAAGUCACUACAACAACAACAGAAGUCACUACAACAACAACAAUACCGGAAAAUACAACAACAGAGGUGACUACAACCACUACGAUCCCGGAAAUAACAACAACUACACCGAUACCAGAAGAAACAACAACUACAACAGCUCCGGAAGAAACAACUACUACAACAUUAAUAACAACUACAACGAAUCAAGUAACAACCACAGGGCCAGAUGUCACGACUGAUGUAUCUUCAACACAAGAAACAACAACAACGACUGUGGAACCGACAACGGCACCGACGACGUCGUCUUCAACAGAUUCUACGAAUGACUACACAAAUAACCCUGAUGCAACGACUCCAACAGGAUUUCCGACAAGCACGCAAGAAACUGAUGAAACAUAUAGAAAUCCAGACAUAACUACGUCAGAAUGGACUUUAACUACAGGAGAUACGACUGACGGGCCAUACACAACUCUCUCUACAACAGAAACUCCUAUUUUGGAUAAAAAUUGUAACAGCUUUUGGAACCCUUUCACAAUAACUAUGGUGACAUUACUUUGUCUCAUAUUGGUUAUUGUAAUUGCUAUCAUAAGUUAUUAUUUGGGAAGAUGGAGAGGACUUAUAAAAAGUUCUCUAUUUAUUGAUUUAGAUUUACCCAGGCCGUAUCGAAUUCCCAGAGUUACAAAACUAGAAAAGAAUGCUAUUUUGUCCAAUUUGGUAUAGUUUUAUUAAUGAUCUUUUUAAUUUUAAUGUCUUAUUCAAGGCGGGUCCUGCAUAAAGGCCAAUUGAAACUAGAGCGCUAUCCGUUACCGCCGCGCCGUGGAGAGCGGUAUCAUCUCUACAGCUGUAUCGUAAAUAUAUUAUUAUAGAGACUCCAAUCGGGUACCGAUCAGAGUAAACAGCCAAUACCGCUCUAGUUUGAAUAGGCCUUAACAUUGAUAUUAUACUUUAGUGUUUAAUUAAUUUAUUGGUUAUGUGUAUAUUUUUAGAUAAUUAAAAUAGCCAAUUUAUAACAUAAGUUUAAUUAAAUUUAAAUUCGAGAAAGUCGAAGGCUUGUUGAUCUAAACUGUGUCGUAUUUUGAAAAAAUACCUACCUAUUUUGUGUAGUUGUAAGUUGUUUAAUGUAAUACAAGUACCUUAUUAAUUAUGUUUAACUAUUGUUAAUCUCUAUUUAGGCUGCGAAUCCUAUUCAAUAUAAUGUGAUACUUGAUAAUAAUGUUACUUUACAUUUUUUAACAUUGUGGCUUUCAUAUUAACAAUUACUGGAUACUGUAAAACAAAUAUUUGUAUUAUGUUUUAAGAGACUACCGAUAUUAAUCGAAUAGCACUAUUUUUAUAUUGUAUCUGUAUUAUGAUUUCUUUUCUAUUUAUGUUGGAGUUGUGACAUGUUGUGUAUUUAUUUUUUAUACCUUUGUAAUCAAAAUAUCACAGGAAUAUGGAUGUAAAUUGCACUUGAAGAAAACUGUUUCAAAAAGACCGUUGAGAAAG